CACUCAAACUUGAAGAGUGUGCAUUCUCAGUAAUGCUAGCUGGUGUGGUAGUAGUAUGACUCAGUAGCAGCAGUAGCAGCAGCAGCAGCAGUGGUAAAACAGCCUUAGCUUGAAUGCUAUGGACUUUUAGGAAGAGUUAGUGCUAAGUGCAAAGCUGUGUAUGGGAGGAAAUUAGGCUAUUUAUAUAAAUUAUAUAUCUGUAUAUAUUCAUAUGAAAGUACAUCAACAGAGUUCAGCAACUGGAGUCUGACCUUUUUGUUUUGGGCAACUGAAAUUAAUUUUAUAGAGCUUUGUAACAUUUAAAAAAGAUAGAAGACAACUUUUCUUUUUCUAAGUUAGAAGGAAGCUGGACUUUAACCGCAGAAUGAGGAGGCUGCUGUGCUUUACCCCCAGGUGCCUCUGGAGUUCCAUGCCAGCACUCUUUGCUUUAACCCUCGCCCUGCUUUCUUGCUGUCGGGCCACAGAGUACGAGUACCUCAGCUGGCAGUCUGACCUGUACACCGGCGGGCGCAUCUAUGGCAAGCAGCCACAGUGCGUGGACAUCCCAGACGACCUGAGGCUGUGCCACAACGUGGGCUACCAGCAGAUGCUGCUGCCCAACCUUCUGGAGCACGAGACCAUGGCUGAGGUGAGGCAGCAGGCAGGCAGCUGGGUGCCCCUGGUCCACAAGAACUGCCACCCGGGCACCCAGGUGUUCCUGUGCUCCCUGUUUGCGCCAGUCUGCCUGGAUCGGCCCAUCUACCCGUGCCGCUGGCUGUGCGAGGCAGUGCGAGACGGGUGCACCCCAAUUAUGGAGGCGUUUGGCUUCCCCUGGCCCGAGAUGCUCACCUGCGAGAAGUUCCCACAGGACGACGUCUGCAUCGCCAUGAGCCCCGCCAAUGCCACGGAGACCACCAAGACGCAAGACUCUGGCAUCUGCCCGCCAUGUGACAACGAAAUGCAAACAGACGUCAUCCUGGAGCACAUGUGUGCCAGCGAGUUCGCCAUCAAGACGAAAAUCAAGGAGGUGAAGAGGGAAAACUCAGACCGUAAAGUGAUCCUGCAGAAGAAGAAGAAAGCCUUGAAGCUGGGAAGCCUCAAGAAGAAGGACCUGAAGAAGCUGGUGCUGUACCUGAAGAACGGAGCAGACUGCCCCUGCCAGCAGCUGGACAACCUGGGCAACAUGUACCUCAUCAUGGGCCGCAAAGUGGACAAGCAGUACCUGCUAACAGGCAUCCACAAGUGGGACAAGUCCAGCAAGGAGUUCAAAAAGGCCAUGAAGAAAGUCAAGAGCCAUAAGUGCCCAGCCUUUGAGACUGUCUUCAAAUGAUCAGCAAUGCUUUUGCAUCUCAUGAACUUGCACAAAACCCCCUAACUUUUUUUUUCAUAUAUAUAUAUAUAUAUAUAUAUAUAUAUAUAUAUAUAUAUAUAUAUAUAUAUAUAUAUAUAUAUAUACUGAUUUUACGAUAGUAGAGCAUCGCUGUAUCUGUAAAACAAACAAACAAGCUAAAUCUAAAACCUCUUAAUUGUUUCUUUCCCCGCAUACUUUCCCUGGAGAUUUCUCAUUCUUUUGUUGUAUACUGUAUCUUUCCCCUAAAUGUAUUUUAAAUCAUUGCCUGAACAAGUUUUGGUUUUUGUUCACAAUAUGGAUCUGAGAAGUGAAUUCUUUUGAGCUGAAAUACAAUUACCAUUCUGAUAUAUCAUGGUAAAUAUUUACAAGUGCCAAUUUUAAUAAGGCUCUGCAUGGCUGCAUUGGGUUUUAAUAGUAAUACAGUAAUAUUUGAACCUCUUGCCUUGCAUUAAACAAGUGAAAUGGGGGAAUCGUAUCAAGCAACAAUCAUUUUAAUUAAUGUAUAACAAAGAGAAAACAAAAACGGUCAAAGCCACAGGCUAGUCUGCUCAGGUCCAAGGUAUAUAUUUUUUAAAUCCAUGAAAUAACACGCAAUAAAAAAGGGUGUACUAUGGUACAAACCAAAUAGCUUUUGCAAUUUGCUGACAUAUCGGCUUGCAUGCUGUCUGAUUGAGCUGCGUUUCAGGGUCUUCUUGUUGUCCAGCUUUCAAUACAAAAACACUAAACACUUCACAUAGUCUACAGCAGGGUUUCCCAAUCCUGGUCCUGGGGACCCCCUGUGUCUGCUGGUUUUCAUUCCAGUUGAGCUCUGAAUGACUUAAUUGAACCCUUAAAAGAACUGAUAUUUUGCUUAAUUUGACCCUUUUACUUGUUUUCAGCUCUUAAACAGUUGCAGAUUUCAAGUUAGCUAGAACAUGUUAUAAAUAACUUGAACUAUGCAACUGUUUAAGAGUUGAAAACAAGUAAAAAGGUCUAAUUAGCAAAUUAUCAUUAUCAAUCAUUUCAAUUAAGGGUCUAGUUAAGUAAUUGAGAGGUCGGUUGGAAUGAAAACCAGCAGACACAGGGGGUCCCCAGGACCAGGGUUGGGAAACCCUGGUCUACAGCACAGAGCCCUGAUCCACAAAACUGUCUUCAUCAUCUUCUUCUUCAUCUUCUUCUUCUUCUGAAUUGCUAGGUAAUACUGGGAAACACUGUUAACAAACCUUGUAUUGAUGAAAACCAAAAAACUAAUCUUAGAUCCUCCAUAUAUGUACAUUUUACCGUGAUUACAUUUCUAAAUUACAGAUAUUUUUGGGGGGGAUAUUUACUGGCUUUUUUUUUUUUUAUUUCCAUGUAUAUAAAGGCCUCCACCCGUAUAUUUUUGGGACGAACAGCACAAUCAUUAGGCUAUCCUGGCUAUAGAGCUGCUUCAGCUAUAGAGACGCUUUUUGACCGUGAAAAUAAUCGCACACGCUGUAAUCCAGGACACAAAGAAAGCACUGUAGGCUUCAAGCCUGAUUUGGCACACGAUAUUUGACCCCCAACAGUCUGAAUUCGGCUAGUCAGACUGACUGAUGCAUAUUUAUGACCUGACAGCAUUUUGUUCAGUCAUUUUACAUCACAGUUCAUAAAGGAUGUAGGAACUAGGAGUAGAAAACAGACUUCACCUAUAAUGACUACCAAAGAGUCUAUACUGUACUCUGGCCCUCGAGAUCUAUUCUAGUCCUGGUCUUUAUUCCAAGCAGGUCCUGAAUUAGUGCCUCUUAACAGCUUCAAUUAACUACAUUAGAACCUGCUUGGAGUAAAAACCUGGACUGGACUUGAUCUCCAGGGCCAGAGCUGAGUACCACUGCUGUACAGCUAUGGCCAAAGGUUUUGCAUCACCCUAUAGAAUUAAUACAUUUUUCUUCAUUAAGUCGAAUGAAACCUGAAUAAUGUAAAGUUACCAUAUUGAAUUACAUACCGCUUUGUAGUUUCCCAUAUACUUAACGGAAAUUGAAAUCUAACAUGAAAUACUGUACUGCUAUUAUGGCUUCCGGUAGACUUUUGCGAUAGCAUUUUGUAGUUUUUUUUUAAAUUUUUUUAUUACACAAUGUUAAAUAAAAUAUCUAAAUUAUGUUCAUAUCGUUUUUUUUUUUCCUCAAUCUGAAAAUUCUAGGUGAUGCAAAACUUUAGGCCAUAGCUGUAUACUGUACUGAUGGCUUUGCUGAUAACAUGCAUAAACGCUCCCUAUUACAAUAUGUUCAGCCAUCUUUUCCGUACUAAGUGACUGUCUGUCAUGUUCCAGAGGGACAGCUAGUACAAUGGAAACUGAAAAGAAGGAAGAGGCAGUGCCAGUCUUGUUUUGUCUAUUGUCGCCCUGUGCUUUAUAUCCAUUGAGCUGCAUAGUACAGAACUGUUUAAAACCAUCAUGUUAUCCAAAAUCAUGUGAUCAGUGUCAUGUGUUUGCCCCUGGAUAUCACUGUAGUUGAAACUGGUAUUUUAUGAAUGUAUAAUUUCUGCUUUAAGGAAAAACGAGUUGUGUUAAAGGUAGAUAACUCCAUACCAACUGUAAGGGUAAUCAGAGGAAAAGUAAACCUGUUUUCACUCAUUUGAAUUAAAUCAAAGAAAGAAAGACCAGACUGCUGCCUGGGGGGG